AUGGAUGUGGUUAGGGUUCAGGCAAUCCCGCCUAAGGUAUGGGGGGAAGUUUGCACGACCCUCGACUGUCAGAGACUACUUCAAUACAACAGGGUGCUACUGACGACAUCGUUCAUCAAAGAGUUAGAGGCGGUGAUCGUGGCUAAGGAGAAGGCUGAACAGCCUGCCUUUACCCAUCGCAAGAUUCAGGAGGCUGUGCCAGCACAACCCGUACGACCACCAGUCCUCGAUUUGACAUCUAUACAGAGUCAACAACCGAUGAACGCGCAGCCCGUAUUGGAAGAAGUGUACUACUCCGACAGAAGCUCCGACGGGCAUAGACGAGACCGACGACAUACGCUGACGACUGACGAGUGGUCCCACAUAGACUAUAUGAUGGGCGACCCAGGGCAGAUGCUGAGUCAGUUGAAAGGUGUGCGGAUGUCGCCCGAUAAAGCCUUCGAAGUACGAAACAAGAUAUUGCGGAAGACACUGGUUGACCCAGAGAUUGACGACUCAGACAAGCUGAUUACUAGGAUCAACCAGUUGAUAGACCAGGGACUGAUAUCACACGACUUAUCAGUAAACAUAUUACUGAGUUGCAUAGCGUAUGAUUCUGAAACCGCUGGGGGUAUACAACGUGAGCUCGAGAAAGAGACCUGA